UUCCCAAUUGUAUUACCGGGAUCCAUAUACAUACUAUAUACCUUCUCAUCAUUUGUUUGAUGGAUCCACUAAACAGCCCAGCUGCAUUGAUUUUACCUCUUCUUCGACUGGAAAGACGUAUUACUUGAACAUUUACUCGAUGAGUUUAUGGUAUUCUAUUCACAACAUCAAAGACAUACGUUUUUAUUUCAAGAAUAAAGGAACAUCAAAUAUAAGAUUCCAAUAUACCAUUUGUCGACAUUGUUCAUCAGAAUAUCAACUCAGUGGAGAAGAAAAGAUAUCUGCCUCAUCAUCAACCGUAAUUAAAAUUCCAUAUCUUAAACAACUCUACUACACGUAUAUGUAUAUUUUGUUCAGUUUUUCUGCUGACGACCUCGCAAAAAUCCACAGCUUUUCACUCUCAUUCUGUGAAGUAGAAAUGUAUGGAUGCCCUAGAAAUCAUUACGGUAGCCCUUGCAGACCAUGCCUUUCAAAUUGUGACAAAUGUAACGCUAUUGACGGAUCUUGUAUUUGCCAAGCUGGUUAUACCGGUGUAAACUGUACAGAUGUUUGUUCGAACAACACCUAUGGUGCUAACUGUGUGUACAGUUGUGGACAUUGUUACAAUGAUACUUGUAAUCACGUGACCGGGAAUUGCUUAUUCGGUUGUACUGAAGGUUGGACAUCAAGCAAGUGCAAUCAAGCCUGCAGUUCUGGUUACUAUGGACGUGAUUGUACACAGAGAUGUAGCAGUCACUGUAUAACACCGUACCUUUGUGAGAGAUUUAAUGGAACUUGUAUUGGAGGGUGUGCUACUGGGUGGACUAAUGAUACCUGUGACAAAGUUGAUACAGAUUAUUGUGUUGAUUGGGCCCCAUCAGAUGUAUCCGUUUCUUAUCAUAACAUGACAUGGAGGAGAGAAAACAUCAACAACAUUAUCAGAUUUGACCCUGCAGUGACAUUUCUCUGCAACUUCAGUUUGAAAUCCGAUGAGGAGUUGCUAUAUGACGUCAUCUGGUUCAUUGAUGGACAAGAAGUUGUCAUUCAAACAGUUGAUAAAUCCAGUAAUUAUAAAGCAGUUAUAACUGCUCAUGAUAUGUUGAAAGCAGAGAAAAAGAUUGGAUCUGACGUACAUUGCAAAGUUGGCGCAAAACGCAAGAGAAAAAACCUUCCAUGUCUUUACAAAGUUGGAAAUCCUUUUUUUGCUGGAAUAAAG